AUGUUGGAGUACACAGCAAAGCUACCAACCUCAUCGACUCGAUACAAUAUAUCGGGUGGAAAUUGGAAUAGUGAAUACCAAGUCACCUCCGAUGGUGCCGUCAUCUACCACGUGAAAAAUUCUAGUCCCAGCCAAGAUAAACCCGACCUCACUUUCUAUUCCGGAGCGAGUACCGACGGUUCGGUCGCGGGGUCAGGCAAAUUCGUUCGUUUCUCGUCGAAUAUCCAACUCAGUCUCGCCGAUCCCAGUCAACCCAGUACGACCACGUCGGUCUGCCUGAACAAGAAAGGCAUCAUAUCCACUCGCUAUACCCUUCAGAUGACGAUUGAAGGCCAGGCGAGAAGUCUCGCUUGGAAAAACACGGAAAUGAAUGAUAGCUUUGGCCCUAGCGCGAGUCAUAAGCUGGUCGACGAAGCAAACGAAGUCCUCGCAGUCUUCUCGCCGGGCGGUGGCCGUGUCCAAAAAGAUGGGGUUUUGGAAGUCUUUGUGGACUAUGGCACGCAAUUUGACCUGAUGGCUCUCAUCGGGGCCCUGGCUUUGCGCGAGAAGUCAAGGAAGACGAAUUUUGGCCCCAUCGAUGUCGCCAGUUCUCCGGCCAGCACGACGGGUUACUGA